GUUUCCGGGGCGGGGCGCGGGGCGGGUUUUGUGCGCCCGCCGCCGCCCCGGUCAGCCAGGCAGCACAGAUUUGGGAGAGCCGUCGCCAUGGGAGUGGAAGGCUGCACCAAGUGCAUCAAAUACCUCCUUUUCGUCUUCAACUUCAUCUUCUGGCUGGCAGGAGGCAUCAUCCUGGGAGUGGCCCUGUGGCUCCGCCAUGACUCGCAGACCACGAAUAUCCUGUACCUGCAGCUGGGGGAAAAGCAGGCCCCCAACACCUUCUACGUUGGAAUCUACAUCCUGAUCGCAGUCGGGGCUGUCAUGAUGUUCGUGGGAUUCCUGGGAUGCUACGGCGCCAUUCAGGAGUCUCAGUGUCUUCUGGGAACGUUCUUCACUUGCCUGGUGAUCCUGUUUGCCUGCGAAGUUGCGGCUGGAAUUUGGGGUUUUGUCAACAAAGACCAAAUAGCCAAAGACGUGAAGCAGUUCUACGACCAAGCGCUUCAACAGACACUCAUGGGAGAACCAGAUGCAAGCAACGCCAAAGCUGUAGUGAAGACCUUCCAUGAAACGCUGGACUGCUGUGGUUCUGAUAUUAUGUCAGCGACUUUCACUCCUGUGUGGAGGGAUGACCUCUGCAGAAAGGACGCCCUGAGAAACCUUAUUGAGAACGCCAACUGUCACAAAAAAAUCGAUGAGCUCUUCUCCGGGAAGCUCUACCUGAUCGGUAUCGCUGCUGUCGUGGUUGCUGUGAUCAUGAUCUUUGAGAUGAUCCUGAGCAUGGUGCUGUGCUGUGGCAUAAGGAACAGCUCCGUCUACUGAGCCCCAUCACCCCACCUCCCUGGUGUUUCCAAGCUGUCCGUAGGGAAGCCUGGCUGACUGUCCAAAGCCUGGGAGAGAGGAGGGGAAAGGAUGCAGCCUUCAUUGCCUGGGUGCAGUGUAUCCCAGGGGAAACACAGGCAUUGUUCCUCUCCAGCUUGUUUUCAUUCGUAGGUCAAUCCUUAACAGAAGUCAUGCUGAAACUAUUUUACUCUCUAAUGAGUAAAAAUGUUUUAUGGUUUUGUGAUUUCUUUUUUUCUUGGGGCUAUAAUUUUAUAAAUUGACUCAGUUGCAUUAAUUCAUUGCAUUAAAAGGUCAGUGGCUGGGGGUGAAUUUUAGUCCCAGUUUUUCAAGUAUAACAAACUGAAAAUUAAAUUACUUUUUUAAUGUCC